CCACUCCACUGUUCUUGCCUGGAGAAUCCCAGGGACGGGGGAGCAUAGGUUAUAUUUAAAAAUUAAUGCGUGGUUAUUGAAAAAAAUACACUUAAGUUAAAACUAAGAAAAUUGAAGAUCACAACCCAGAAAUAACCAAAGUAAUCUGUAAGGAUAAAAAUUUCCAGAGGGACUUCUACUAGCUGUCUAGUCGUUAAGAUUCCACACUUCUAGUGCCUCCACCGCAAGGGGUGCAGGUUUGAUCCCUGGUCAAGGAACUAAGAUCCCACAUGCCUCAUAUGGCACAGCCAAAAAACAAAACACACAAAACUUCCCAGAUGUGUUCAGUCUGGUUUUUCUAUCUUGUCUACUUUGAUAUAUACAUGUAUUUUACAAACGAGACCACGUGAUGCCCAGUUGUUUUGUAAUCUUUUAUUUCACUAGCCAUAUCUUGAAUAUUUUCUAUGUUAUGAACUACUUUAUUACUACUAAAUUUGUGAGUACUCAGCAUUACCAUUUUAUAGAAAUCUUGCACUUAUUUAAUAUGCUGUUGUCUGACUCAGAAUCUUGACCAUUGCCCAGGAUUGUACAUACCUCUCAGUGUGUAGAUUUUGGGUUGAUUUUAGACUGGAAAAAUUUAUGUUUAUGUCCAUAAAGCUCAAUACAUAUAAAAAUAUGACAUACAGGAAAAGUUUCAAGUUACAUCAGAAAUUCACUUAGUAAAAUAUCAGUGUCAUGUGAGUAUUUUGACAAAGGUAUAGAUUGGCUUGUCAACAAAAGGAAUAACUAGUUGUCAAUAGCCAUAAUAAUCAGUGAUCAGGAAGUAAUGUUUUAAGAAAUUUUCAUCUUAAUACAGUAGUUUCUUAUUUAUAUGUAGGGUUUUUUGUAUUUAAUUAUGUUUAGAAAUUAUUUGGGGGCUUUGUGUUAAAAUGUGGUACAUUUUAUUUUUCCACAUUUUAAAUAUUGGGAAAGAUGCUCCUAGUUAGAGUUUUUACUCAGGAUGAUUGCUUUUUCAGGAAUAGGUUACUGAUGUUAAGGUGACCCUAUAUAGAUCUACUCAUGACCAGCAACGUCUCCCACUACCCCUACCCAGGUGCUGGCAAUCCAGUCCAGUAUUCUUGCCUGGGAAAGAAUCCUCUAUCUCACGGAUAGAGGAGCCUGGCUGACUAGUGUCUAUGGGGUGGCAGAGUCACGACUUGGUGACUAAACAACAGCUACAGGGGACUGGAAAAUGUCAUCUGUGUGCCCAAAAGUGAGAGGAAAACUGGAUGCUUGAAAAACUGGAUAAUGGUGAAACUUUAGUAAUUAAAUUAGUAAAGUCUACCACACUGGCUAAGACCCAUUUCUUUUUCUAUGUAUAGAAAGUUGCUUCUGGAUAUUAGGUGUGAAUUCUUUUUAGAACAAGGAAGACAUCCUGGGCUGAGGAGAGAGACUGACAAAAGGCCUGUGCAUAGACUUUCUCUGAACUCCAAGAUCAAACAUCUAAUGGACAUUUGGCAUUUCCAUUUGGCUGUAUAAUAAUCAUCUCAAGGAUUGACGUAAAAGGACUUUUCACUUGUUCAACAGAAGAAUCUAAAGAAAUCCAAGCAGGACAGGUGGUUCUAAAAGCCAUGAUCCAGGGAUUGGUGACAUUUAGGGAUGUGGCUGUAGAGUUCUCUCAGGAAGAAUGGAAGUGCCUGGAACCUGCCCAGAGGGACCUGUACAGGGAGGUGACUUUGGAAAACUUUGGCAACUUGGUCUCACUAGGACUUUCCAUUUCUAAGCCCGAUGUUGUCUCCUUACUGGAGCAAGGGAAGGAACCCUGGAUGGUUGUGAAUGAUAUGACAAGACCAUGGUGCCCAGACUUGGAGUCAAGGUGUAAGACAUUUCUGCAGAAAGAUACCUUUGAAGUCAUGUCAUUCAAUUGGGAGCUAAUGGAAAGCCUUCAGUGCUAUGGUGAAGACUGGGCAUACAAAGGCCAGUUCGAAAAACAACAAGUAAAUCAUGAGUGCUGUUUUAAGCAAGUGACCUAUGGAAACAUGCCCACUUUUGAGUGUGGGCAUACAUCACUCACCUUACAUCCCAGCAGUGAGACUGGUGAGAAGUCGAUUGAAUGUAAUGAAUGUGGGAAAGCAUUCAGCCGUGGCUCACACCUUAUUCAACAUCAGAAAACUCAUACUGGUGAAAAGCCCUUUGAAUGUAAGGAAUGUGGGAAGGCCUUCAGUCGUACCUCACACCUUGUUCAACAUCAGAGAAUUCAUACAGGUGAGAAACCUUAUGACUGCAAGGAGUGUGGGAAGGCCUUUGGUCGAACUUCAGAACUCAUUCUCCAUCAGAGACUUCAUACAGGUGUCAAACCUUACGAAUGUAAAGAAUGUGGAAAGGCCUUUCGACAGCAUUCACAACUUAUUCUGCAUCAUAGGACUCAUACAGGUGAGAAACCCUACGUCUGUAAAGACUGUGGCAAGGCUUUUAUUCGUGGCUCACAACUUACUGUUCAUCGGCGAAUUCAUACAGGUGCUAGACCCUAUCAGUGUAAAGAAUGUGGGAAGGCCUUUAGACAGCAUUCACAACUUACUGUACAUCAGAGAAUUCAUACCGGGGAGAAACCCUAUGAAUGUAAGGAAUGUGGCAAGGGCUUUAUUCAUAGCUCAGAAGUUACUCGACAUCAAAGAAUUCAUUCUGGGGAGAAACCCUAUGAAUGUAAAGAAUGUGGGAAGGCCUUUAGACAGCAUGCACAGCUUACACGACAUCAGAGAGUUCAUACAGGUGACAGACCCUAUGAGUGUAAGGACUGUGGAAAGGCCUUCAGUCGUAGUUCAUACCUUAUUCAACAUCAAAGAAUUCAUACAGGUGACAAGCCCUAUGAAUGCAAGGAAUGUGGGAAAGCCUUUAUUCGUGUUUCACAACUGACUCAUCACCAGCGAAUUCAUACUUGUGAGAAACCCUAUCAAUGUAGGGAAUGUGGAAUGGCCUUCAUUCGUAGUUCACAACUUACUGAACAUCAAAGAAUUCAUCCUGGUAUCAAACCUUAUGAAUGUAGAGAAUGUGGGCAGGCCUUUAUUCUUGGCUCACAGCUCAUCGAACACUACAGAAUUCACACUGGCUAGAAAGCCUUGGUGUUAGGGACGUAGGGAAGCCUUUAUGUGGAAUUCAUGCCUCGCUCAGUAGUAAAUAAUGCAUAAUGUAAUGUAAUUAUUGUCAGAGAACCUUCAUUUGUCACUUCUAUUAUGGAACAUCAGGUAACUCAUACCACAAGAAAAUUCAAUAAAUGUGGGAAUUCUUUUUGCCUCAUACUCACUGUUUACUAAGGGAAUCAGGGAGCUUAUACUGAAAAACAUUUAAUAUGAAUAUAGAAAAGCCUCAUAUUACCACUUAAAAUAUAUUAAACUAUGAGAAUUCCUAAUAGAAAAUGACCCUAUUAAAGUAUUUAUGGCUGUG